AUGCACUCGGCGUUUUACGACAGAUACGUCACCUUCAAUGGAAAGACGGGAUCGGAGAACUGGACCUUUGAGGACGUGACAUCUCUGGUCGAAAGGGCUAGCGGUGCGGGUUUCAAACCCAAGUACCCCGUAGAGCUGAUCGUGGAGCUUGCUACGCUUCUUGAAGACGAGCUUCUCCUUGCCAACCUCCCGUUCUUGAUCCUCCACGCCGAAGCAUUCAGAAUCCUCAAGCUCGUACGCGACAGGUGCGAGCCGAUGCUGGUUCCGAUCCUCGGCCCGCUGGCCACACCAAUGAAGGCGAAGAUCAACGUUCCUCUGGUCACAGUGUGGAUCCUACAGGCUCUUGCCGCAAUGCCAGAAGGUGCAGACGUGUUGAGAGCUGCGAAAGACAUGUUCAACACGAAGCUUGUCAACGACAUAGCGCGUUCGAGCCGUGCCUACAGACGAAUCCAAGAACUUGGAUUUUUGAAGUCUAGUGAGGAGAAGAAGAAGGGGCCGGAAUCCCGGCCUAGCGAGCCCCAAUGGGAUCCCGAUUUCAAGCGUAAGUUGGAGCAGCCCAUGGAUCCAAACCGGGCAUAUGAGAGUUUUGGACUGCCCAUCGACACGUCUCGUUUACAGCAAACUGGCACAUACAUCGACACUUCUAAGAUGAAGGGCGAUGCGCUCUCGCAAAUGAGCCAAAAAACGAAAGUCGAGAAGAUCUAUCUAUCCGACGAUGAUGAGCCAAUGGAAAUCACGCACACCACCUUAAGCUUCAGGUAG